UGGACGGGCUGCGUGGCCAGAAGAUAAGUGAAGGUGGCCUCUACUGUUGACUGUGCAACUCCCAAGACUUUGUGAGACCACUCUCUUUUUCUUCGUGCUUUUCGACCUCGAGAACUUCUUGAAGCGUUGACUUCACUUCCCAUGACUCAGGCGGGGUCGACCACUUCCUGACAUUAUAUUUUUCCCCCUCCCGCCACUCUUUUUCUUUACUCUUUUGCUCUUUUGCUCUUGGCGCAUCGCCGCGAAAGUACGAAACUUGGGUUGAUCUCCCCCCCAUAAAACAAAGGAAAAGGGCACGCGAGGCUGCUUCACUUUGUGGCAGACAGCCCGCCCUCUCAAUAACCCUUCUCCCGGUUCUCAAACAUUACCAUGCCGGCGAAGUCAAGGUUUACGAGGCUCGACGCCUUCACGAAGACGGUCGAUGAGGCGCGGAUUCGCACAACUUCCGGUGGAAUCGUCACCAUCGUGUCGUUGAUCGUUGUAUUUUGGCUGGCCUGGGGAGAAUGGGCUGACUACAGGAAGAUAGAGAUCCACCCUGAGUUGAUUGUGGACAAGGGAAGAGGCGAGCGUAUGGAGAUCCACCUCAACAUGACCUUCCCCAAGAUGCCUUGCGAGCUUCUCACCCUGGACGUCAUGGACGUCUCCGGCGAGCAGCAGCACGGUGUCAUGCACGGCAUCAACAAGGUUCGCCUUCGCCCUCAGAAGGAGGGAGGCGGCGUUAUCGACAUCAAGGCCCUGGAUCUUCACUCCCGUGACGACUCUGCUGAGCACCUGGACCCCAACUACUGCGGGCCCUGCUACGGCGCCCAGGCCCCCCCAAACGCGCAAAAGCCCGGCUGCUGCAACACUUGCGAUGAAGUAAGAGAGGCAUACGCGCAGGCUUCGUGGGCUUUUGGCAAGGGCGAGGGCGUCGAGCAGUGUACACGCGAACAUUACGCCGAGCGAUUGGAGGAGCAACGUCAGGAGGGAUGCCGCAUCGAGGGCAAUCUGCGUAUUAACAAGGUCGUUGGAAACUUCCACCUUGCCCCUGGCCGCAGCUUCAGCAACGGAAACAUGCACGUCCACGACCUCAAAAACUACUGGGACACCCCCGCCGAUGCCCAGCAUGACUUCACUCACACUAUCCAUUCCCUGCGUUUCGGUCCCCAACUGCCUGAUCAGGUCACCAAGAAGCUGGGCAAGCGUGCAUACGCCUGGACGAACCACCACGGCAACCCCCUCGACAACACUCACCAAGACACAAACGACCCCAACUAUAACUUCAUGUACUUUAUCAAGAUUAAGUCGACCCCCUACCAUGACGACAGUUCCAGUCUUGGUCUUCUCGGCCAGGGCAACGAUGGCAGCGUCGAGACUCAUCAGUACUCUGUGACAAGCCACAAGCGUAGCUUGGCUGGUGGUGACGACGCCGCCGAAGGACACCAGGAGCGCCUUCACUCUCGCGGCGGUAUUCCGGGAGUUUUCUUCUCCUACGAUAUCUCGCCUAUGAAGGUCAUCAACCGAGAAGAGCGCGCCAAGACCUUUACGGGUUUCCUCACUGGUAUGUGCGCCAUCAUCGGCGGUACUCUUACUGUCGCCGCCGCCGUCGACCGUGGCGUCUUCGAGGGUGGCAUGCGUCUCAAGAAGAUGCGCUCGAAGGACCUCUAGAUCUUGAGGAUAAGGAGUCUGGUGGUGUGUAUGUAGUCUUUACGUGCUGACAUUUCCUACGCACUGUGCAUCAAAAGAGGAGUUCGGGUGGUUUGGCAAAAGAGGUUUUGAUCUCUUCAAAUUGAUAUAGAAAUAUCAUAUGUGACCUUGGCGUUCCUAGGCCGCAACAUAUAUCUCUGCC